AUGUUCUAUCUUGAAUUUUCAGGUGGCUGUCGACGGUUCAAGUUCAUUCCACCAAUGAACAGCUAUUAUUUUAAGGACCACGUGUACAGAAAUCUUUCUAUUGGAAUAUAUGCAUCGUGUGAGCAUCUGUGCGUCAUGGCGAGCGAGUGCGUGUCCGUCAAUGUUGGCCCGCGAAUAUAGGAUAAAGUGAUAUGCGACUUAAGCAACUCUGAUCAUUGGCAUCAUCCAAAGGAUCUUCAACCAAGACAGGGCUGGACAUACAGAGGUGCAGAGGUACGAUUGCGAACUUGAAAAAUAUGAGGACAUUGUACCGUUCUUCGUGUAAUGAUUGUUAUUAAAUCUGGGGUCAAUUUAAUAAACCUUUUACAAGUGUAAUUUACAAGUAUAGCCAUUGUUUUAGAGUCUGAAAACAAUAGUUACACUUUUAAAUUACACUUUAAGAAGUUUUAUUGAAUUGACCCCCUGAUGUAGAUAACCUAUUUUCAAGAACUGUUCUAGGGAUAAAAGGUUCUCUCUUUUCUAUACUGUUGAAACCUAGUCCAUUCCCACAAUAAAGGAUUUAAAUACUUGACUGUUUUUUUAUCAGAAUCUCUGCUGCAGUAACCCUUGCCUUAACAACGCCAAAUGUCUUCUUGGAUAUACAGACAAAAGAUACCUUUGUGUAUGUGCAUCUGGAUAUACAGGGGAACACUGUGAAACAGGUACAGUUAAACUG